AUGAAACUUCAAGGCCUGAAACCAGAUGUGGCACUUUAUAAUAAGAUCAUUAAUGGUUUCGUUGACUUGAAUAAGUUUCAAGAGGCUGCCAACUUUCUUGAUGAAAUGGUUCUUGCUGGAAUUUCACCCAAUAGAUUAACUUGGAGCACUCAUAUUAAAGUGCAUAAUGUUGUCAUACAAGGACUUUCUGAGAGUGAUCUUAACCGGGCUUUUUAUUUGUAUCUGAGUAUGAGAACCAGGGGCCUUACGGUUGAACCUGAAGUUUUUCACUCCCUUGUCAAAGAUGAGGAGAUAUGGAAGGCUAUAUUGCGAGGUUUUCUUGAUCAAAAAAAGACUUUGGAAUCUAUUGAAAACUUUCAUAUGCAGUUGGCACAGACUAUUAAUGAGCUUCAAAAGUUGUCUUAA